AUGCUUCAAAUACCUUUUAUUAUCAUUUUUUUUUGGCUUAUAACAUACGCAAUUUACAUACAUACUAGCAAAAUCACUUGUGUAUUACAAUGUUUUUUACCCUUGUUAAAUAAACCUAUAGUUGUUAAAAAAAAGGUUUUUGAUUACUUGCUCGGGGCAUCUGGUGCUAGCAAUGAGGAUACCUAUAGUUAUUAUGUAGAGUAUGUUUCUAAAGGUAUGAUGAAUAAACUCAGAGAUUUAUAUGAUAUGUACACUAAAAUUAAUCAGUCACAAAAUAAAUGUAAUCGUGAUAAUGAAUGCAAACUUCUGAAAGAAUGUGCUUCUUUAUACUUGAAGUACAAGAAAACAUGUGAAUCUAAUAAUGAUCGCGAUUUUUGUUAUGCACUAGAUGAUUUUAAAAAUUACUAUAAUACACAAAUAAAAAUAAUAUCAUAUGGUAAAUUUGAAAAUCAUAUGUUACCUUCCUUUCAAAAGUACAAUAUAUCAAUUUUUAUUAUAAUUCCAAUUGUUGUAAUAUUAGUAAUAUCCAAUUCUUUAUUUUAUGUGUCAAAGGUUAAUUAUGAUUUUUUUUAUUCUUAUAUAUGCUAUAAAAAAAAAAUUUUUUUUACUAAACAUGACUCAUGGAUACGCCUUUUAAUCAAAAGAAUAAAAAAUAAAUUCAACAAUAUUGAUGAAAUGUGGGAUUCUUUGCAACCAUAUGAAGCAUCUAGUGAUACAUCUAGUAAUAUUAGAUAUAAUAUAUUAUAUAAUAAAGAAUAA